GCGAGAGGUCCGGCGCACGGAGCGUGCCCGGCGUAGCACGAGCCUGGCCCGACGCGGCGCGGCGCUACGUUGAAUGGCAGCGGCAUAGUGCAGCAUAGCACAGCAUGGCAUGGCCUGGCCUGGCACAGCAUAGCACAGCGUGGUACGGCAUAGCACAGCACGGCACAGCAUAGUACGGCCUGGCGUGGCACAGCACAGCAUAGCAUAGCACAGCAUAGCAUGGCACAGCCUGGCAUAGCACGGCAUGGCAUGUAUAGCAUAGCCUGGCAUAGCAUAGCACAGCAUGGCUUAGCAUAGCACGGGACAGCAUAGCAGAGCACAGCCUGGUGUAGCACAGCACAGUAUUACACAGUGUGGCAUAGCGUGGCAUGGCAUAACACAGCCUGGCGUAGGAUAGCACAGCAUGGCCUGGCAUAGCACAACGUGGCACAGUGUAGUGCAGGCUGGCAUAGCAAUGCACAGCAGAGCAUAGCGUGGCACAGCACCAUGCGGGCUGGGGGUGCCUCUCCAGCACUCAGGCUCAGCCUGGGUUCUGGUCUGCUCAGCACUGUGCUCCAGGAGGGCUGUGAGGGUUACAUCCCGUGGUUUUGCUGUGCACAUCGGACCUCCAGUGAGGCUCUAUCAGUGCUACAGACCCCAGCCAGCUCUGUGUAUGCAGACCCCUGAGGGAAGGUGCAGAGCAGCCAAAGCCAGGAUCUGCACUGGUGCUCAGGACAGGGCGAGAGGCAGUGAGAGCAGAGGGAAAUGUCUGAACGUCAAGAAACACUGAUGGACACCCAUUCUUUUAGCACAUUGAUAGGCUUACAGUUCAUGAUAGCAGUCAUGUAAUGAGUGAUCAAAGUCACCUGACAUUUCAAAGGCACUGAAUGCACAUUACACAUAUGCCUACAAUGAAAUACAUAAUGAUUAAAUACUGUGCAUUAAUUAGAUGCUGAUCUGUUAGGCUUAUCUAGCAGUCACAUAGUAUUCCUGAUAUGGAAUAUGGGUUGGCCAUUGUAUGGAUCUCCUCUGGACACUCGGACAGUUUGAUGCCCUUCUGACUUUGUGGGCAUCAGACCUGCACCCAGGGUUCAAGGUGAAGCUGCACUGUGCAGAGCAGAGCAGGACAGCCCCUUCCCUCACCUGGCAGCAGUGCUGGGCUCCGUGCACUCCAGGGUACCAAUCAACCAGAACCCCCAGGUCUCUUUCUGCAGGCUGACCUCCAGCCUCUCGUCCCCCACCUGUAGCCACAGGCAAUCCACAGCAGCAUGAAGUCCAGCCAGAGCAAGGGCCAAAUCCUGCCUCUGGGUGUGCAGCCCUGGCAAUGGCUACAGGUGGGGGAUGAGAGGCUGGACAGCAGCCUGCAGAAUGGGACCUGGGGGUUCUGGUCAACACCGAAUAGGGUCUGAGGCAGCAGAGUGCCCUGGAGCCCCAACGCCCCACAGCCCAAAGCUGACAGAGCUCAGGGAGCGUUGGGACACUGCUCUCAGCUAAAGGGCUUGGGUGGUGCUGUGGGGCCAGGAGCUGGACUGGGGGAUCCUGUGGGUCCCUUCCGACUCAGACUGUGCUGUGAUCCUGUGAUUCUGUAUGCUCUCCAUUGCAGAGUGCUCGACUUGCAGCACCCAGGAGGUAUUUUCAUGUCCCCUUUGGAAAAUGUAAGAUUUAGAUGAACUGCCUUCCCCCUUCCUUCUUCUGCACAGUGAUGCCCAAAGCAGCGAUGUGGAUCUCCUCAGUGUGACACGGCUGUCCUCACUCCUGGGCAGCUGUGAUCUGGGGCUGCUUCAACCUGUCUGUAUAAUGUAUAUCAGGACCACAGUUAAGAUUUAAUUGGGACAGAAAUCAAUCUGUUUGCAAAGGUGAACUAAAGCUAAAAGCACACUGCAGAAAUGCAUGCUGCAGGCAGGUGGCUGAAGGAGCAGUUCCAGCCUGUGGCUCAGUGAGCAUAACUGAAUUCCAUUUUGUGUACAGUCAGUGAUAUCUGAGGGGAGUUUUUGGUCUUUCUUCAACAAAAGCUUUCUAUAGGUUGUAGCCUUGAGGCAAACAGAAAGAGAUCCCAGCAGUUUGACUUGAAUUAGACAGUACCAUUGCAGUUGUUAAACGUGUUGAUCUUGAAACACACAACACUCAGAACAGUGUAACUUUGGCAAUGUCACGUCUUAACUGCCUGAUGCUGUCUGAUCUGACUCUAUUUGGAAUGGCCUCUGGAAGCCAUAGCCCAUUGCCACUAAUGACUGUGGACAGCAAGUGUGAAACUGUAAACCUUAACACAGGGACAUCUCUUUUAAGAGCAUAAGUGCCCCAUACAUACUCAUAACAUUGAAACUGUGUACAGUGGAAUAAAAGCUUUGGAAAGAUACAGGAAAAAAAAAAACGUUUUCCUACAGGAAAUGUUGCUGUGUGCCAUGUGAGAGAUUUUGUAAUGCUAUGGAUCUCAGUCCCUUGCUGGGGCCUGUACCUGGAUGUGUCGAGAGUUUAAAGCAGUAGGCAAUGAAGUCGUGAUGCAAUUCUGACUCAGUUCCUUUAGACAUUCUGUAUCUUAUAUCCUGUGUAGUCUUAGACUUUUGGUGCUGUAAUGCCUUAAAAGUGUUAAAUAGGUAUGGCACAGAUUUCUAUCGUAUAGAUCUAUUAAGCUAUGAAACCAUACUAUUAACAGAUCUGCUGGUACAACAGCAGGCACUCAGACUGCCCAGGCUGUGCAGGCACUUCCCUGCAUGUGCCUGGCACGGUCCAAUGCUAACUGGGGGACACGGACCACGUGUACAACCUUGCCACUCCUCCACAGGUGGUGAGUUCAGGAGGAAUGGCUAUGUAUCAUUUUGUACUACUGAAUGCAAAAGUUCUUUAUAAAUUCCUUUUGAAUGGUUUCAAAACUCUCUGGGCUCUUUUCUACUUCUUGGACUCGCAGGAGGUGACCAGGCUGGUUGGUGAACAGGGAAACAUGUCUGGGUGCUGUUGCCACGGUUGUUGAACACUCAGCAUGCAUGGAGGUGAUGUUGCAGACCCGGAGCAUUCAGCCAUAUUCGGCCAUGCCAGUAAAGAGCAGCAGCUGCCUCCUUUGUGUCCUGGUUAGUGAAGCUUCAUUUGGCCCUGACGCAGUUUGGGGCACCCCUGAGUUAAACCUGGAGGCAGUCCAGGUGAUGUGACACUGACAGAGCAAUGGAAGCCCACAGCUUGGCAGAUGAUUUGAAGCUGUGAGGACGUGGGAGGCGAAAUGCACUUUGAGUCUUCUUUGUCAGGAGGUUUCAGAAGGGUGGGAAGGAUCGAUGCUGUAAAAUCACAUCUGAGGAGCAGAAUGCUCCCCAGAGACUGCCCCAGGCGCUGUGGAGACAGUGCAGACAUACACUGAUGCCGGAUGAGUUUUAUCCCGAGUUCUGCCAUCUCCAUGAUCGUGGAGAGAAGCUCCACCCAGGCUCAUUAUAAGGCCGAUCUGAUCACUGUGAAAGCAUACAUGAAGGAUUUGGGAGGGCUCCUGGGGGCUAAAUUAGGACACUUUAACUGAGUGACUGAGCGUGGCAGUGGUGAAUCAUUGGGGCCCAUCACACAGCAGAAUUUUUCUUGCCAUCAUUGCUGUGGCUCAGCAAAGCUCUGUGUGCAGUUUUCUCCCCACAGGGGCUCCACAUUCUCUCUCUGCCUGCUCUGAUGUCAGGAGGUUUGUGAGUGCUGCGUUACUAUUUCUGAAUCCAUCGCAUCAACUCCCUCUAUCACCACCACCACCCGUGGACACAAUUCCUCUUGGAGCAUCAUAGGCCUCAAAACUGAGAAGCUGCUGUAAAACCUGCAGCAAAACUCCGGGUCACAUCUGCUAAAUAACCCAGCAGCACGGAUGGAGCACUGGGUGCAACAGCAGAAUCUAUUUCCAAUUGAUCCUUAUCAGCCCUGUGUGCAAGAAGGGAGUGCACCGCACCAUGUGUGCGUCAAGCAAUGUCAUCAGGCUGCAGUGGGGAUGGAAUGUCCAGCUCCAGGUGAGCUGUGAGAAACAGAACCUCUCCCGGUGUCUUUAGGCAGCUCUGCAGUGCUGAGCUGGAGACUGGAACAGCAUGGGCCCCAGGGCUGGCAGCUGGCACCGAGCUGCUGGCUCCAGUGGGCACUGCUUGGGGAUCGUGUUUUUAAAGCACACGCUGGAAACAUGGGAGAAGUGCAGCCGCUGUGUUUUUUCACUCAGACACAUAUGCCCAAGGGAACCUUUACUUGCAUGACUGCAUGGCUUCGAACAACAUUGCUUUUCUCAUCUGCACGUGUACAACAGACACAGUGCCUGCAGGCAGGGGCGUCCCUAAGAAACAGCAAAAAGCUGAAGUCAUGUCUAAACAAGGAAAGGACUCGUAACUUUGGACAUGCCAGGAAGUACACUGAGAAACAAAGGGCAGCAGUCAUCUGCUCCAAAAAACACUGGGAAAACUGCAGGAGUCGUUUAAUAAGGACUGAGAAGGGAUCAGGCUGGAGCAAAAAUAAUCCCAUGUGCUGCCUGCAUAUGGCUUUCCUACUUGGAAGCAGGGGGUGUCCACAUCAGCUGUCUUCUUGCUGAGGCUACAUCCCACCAAAAUGAUGGGCAUGAUGAGGUUCUAUAAGAAACAUUAAAGGAAUAACUGCAAACCUUCUGCCUGGGUUGUAUUCACCCAACAGCCAAGAGGGAACUGACACAGUAAAGAGUUCAGCUACCAACUGAGGAGGGUCGCUGUUGUUUCAAACCGUGGUGGUGUCAGAAAUUUAGGGAAGUCCCAGGUGGAAACGUGAGGAGCUGCUGACAUCUGGCCUGAGCAGAUUGGCACAACGUACCAUGAGUUACUGGAAAUGCGUACGAACAUAACACUGUGGGAAAGAGUCCCCAUGUGUUGUGUAUGAGGAAAUUGUGUCUUUCUCUGCCAGAGUUCUCCCAAAGGGUCAACGAGUUUAUGCAGAGGAGAGAACCCGCUGGUAGUGCUUUGCAGGGGUGUUCAGAAGGACCCCUGGGCAGAGGUCUGAAGAAACCCACCUGAGGCUCUGUGAGAGACCAACAGAUUUUUCACAGCUAUGAAUUGUUAGAGAAGCCCCAUGAAUGGGCGGUGGGUUAACAGGCAAGGUUAGGAAGAGAAAGGUUGGUAGAAAACGGGAGCAAGAGAUAUCCCUUCUGAUACUGUCACCUGGAAGGGACUCAUCGUCUGUGCAGUGGAGUGCAAUUGAAGACAUCCACCUCCUUAACACCCACAGAAUUAUUUUCUUGUACCAAGGCAUUUCACCCCACCUCUAAGCUCACGGGCAGGUCAGGACAAGUGGUAUUGGAAGUCAUACUCAUGGGAUCGAGUGCACGGUGCAGAGUGUGAGCGACGAGCUGCUGGGCUGGGCGUCCCGGAGCGCCGGCAGUCCUGAUUCAAGAGCGACUUUUACAUCUCCCUGCCGAGUCCCAGAGCCUCUGCUGUCUUUGCCCACCACCUGGACCAGGAUGGGACUGUCGGAGGAGCUCUGGCACCACCAGUACUGGCUGCCACCUGGAGCCACCUGGGAAGACAUGAAGGAGUCUGCGGACACACACUACCCAAAGCCUCAGGACCUCUGGCUGUGCCUCCCCGGUGCUCUGCUCCUGAUCGUUGUCCGAUGCAUCUUUGAAAGAACCAUAGCUCUGCCCCUGGGCAGGACGCUGGGAGUCAGAGACAAGCGGAGGCCCAAAGCUCAGCCCAGUGCCACACUGGAAGGCUUCUACAAGCUGCUGGGCAGGACUCCAAAGGAGGGUGACCUGAUUUCAGUGGCCAAGCAAAGCGGCCUGCCAGUCAGAACAGUGCAGACCUGGUUCCGGCACCGGCGGGCCCAGGACCAUCCCAGACUUACAAAGAGGUUCUGUGAGGCGAGCUGGAGAUUCACGUUCUAUUUCACAUCGUUCUUCUCUGGGGUGGCUCUCCUAUACGAUAAGCCGUGGGUUUGGGAUCACACUGUGUGCUGGCUGAGAUAUCCACAACAGCCUCUCCUGCCCGCACUGGGCUGGUUCUACCUGCUGGAGCUCUCCUUCUACUGCUCACUGGUUGUCACCCUGCCCUUCGAUGUGAAGAGGAAGGACUUUAAGGAACAGAUCAUCCACCACAUUGCCACCAUCACUCUGAUCUUUGUAUCCUACUGUGCCAACCUGAUACGGCUUGGGGUGAUGAUCAUGCUGAUCCACGAUGCCUCCGAUUACCUUCUAGAGUUGGCCAAGGUUCUCCAUUACAUGAAAUGGAAGCGGGUCUGCGAAGCGGUCUUUAUUGUUUUCGCUGUGGUGUUCAUCAGCUCCCGCCUUGUCAUUUUCCCACUAAUCACAUACUAUUACUACGUGACAAAAUUUGAGAUGUUCUUCCUAAGCUGCCUGAUAAACGCUUUCCUGAUGAUCCUGCAGCUGUUGCACAUUUUCUGGUCCUAUCUCAUCCUCCGGAUGACCUUCAAUGUCAUCCUCUAUGGUGCGAAAAAAAAAGAUGCAAGAAGUGACACCGAGGAAAGCGAUGGGAGCGAAGCAGAGGAUGCAGCAAAGAACGAGUAGCGCGAGUUCGUUAUCAAACACCAAGAGGCAGAGAGGCUUAAAAGUACAAAGGCUGAAUAGGACCUGGAGGAAGAGGCCAGACAGGCUCAUGGACCCCUCCACAGUGGUACACACAAAGCACCAUCUAACGUCUAUGCUGGCUGCUCCGAAAGUAUUGCUUCCUAUUUACUUCCAUGGAAACUGUAAUAGAUACAAAGAGCACAGUAACACCAUUUGAUAGAGCAAAUUGUCAGCUACAAAAUGCUGUUUUUUAACACAGUCACUGCCACUAGCUGUGCAUUUUCACCAGUGAUGAAUGAGAGCUGCGUGCUGCACUCAAACAAAUCUGCACCAUCGGAGGUGACCCACUGACCCACUGCUGAAAUCCACCACACACCCCUCACUGUGCUGCAUCCACUGGUUGGUCUCCAUAAAUGUUCAGUAAGCAUCAAUGAAUGCCAAUGGGUGCCGUUUGUUUUGCAUGGAGGAAUUCAGUGACGCCCCUUCGCUUCAUCUGCGCUCCCAUAUCAGACCUCCCCUCUGCUGCCAUCUGUCACACAGCAACAACAAACAUGUAAUGGGGUAUUGGUGGGAAGGUUCAGCCUCUACUGCCAUCCCACCGAUGUCCGCCUCUGACAUGGGCUGACAUCGUAAAGUAGGAGGCAUUACUUUUGGAGCAGACCUCUUAAAUGUCAUCAUAUAGUUUCCAGGCAAUAAGUAACUUUAGGAGAUGUUUUCCUCACUUCUUCUAUCGGGAGCAUUGCUUUACUACUAUUCUAUGGUCACUUAUCUGGGAACAGUGAUCUAUCAGCCAAAGUCUUACUGGACACUGUUGAACAUUUAACCAACUUGCAGUUUCAGAAGACACCACCAGCCAUUGCUUGCCACCUUAUGAGAACAGUUGCAUGGGAACAGCUCCUGCUUUAACCUCCAAAUAAGUUUCCAGUUUUGGAGUCUAAAAUUGCCAGGCUUUGGGGCAAGGAUGGACUGUUCCCAUAGACAAGGCCUGGCCAGCUGAUGUUUGCUGUGUUUGCUGGGAAUGGUGUGAAACAGAUUGUGUCUAAAAGGUUCUGCUUAACUGAACGUGUACCCUGGGAUAAUGCUCCUGAAAUGGAAAGCAACUGGAACUCUUCUAAAUGAAUGCUUUUCUGCCAGAGAUUAUAAGUUAGUCUGAGUGGAAACAUUCCAUAGGAGUGUAUUAAUUCUGUUGGAAUAGUAGCUGGGUUUUCUCUAUUAUGGAUAACCAUUCACUUUGUAACGAAUUUAUGAAAGAACAUAAGGUUCAAAGCCCAUAUAGGAAUGAAUUGCACCUGAACCAAAGAGUGGUUUACCUCGAUUUCUCAUGAUGCAUUCUUCUGUUGAGUCUCAGCAAUCUCAGUUCAUGUAUCAAUCAGGAAGUCUGGUCAGAGACCUGCCGCAGGUCUGACAGCACCAGUGACACGAAGGCUUGGAUGCUUCAGAGGGCAGAUAAAUCUAUUCAUAUUUAGUCUACAAAGAAUAACUAGAAACCUACCAAUGCUGUCUUUAAAGCUGUUUUCUAUCUAGGCUUUGAAUAUGCUUCCAUGGCAUCUGACAUAUUUUAUGUGUUAGGGAAAAUGAAAGAGGUAACAUUUCAGUGUUGCUGCAUCACACUGAAGAAAUGAGUCCUUAAUGAAAGGGACGUGCAUGUCCCUGCUCCUUGCACCCCAAUUCAGCCACUGGGAUGGGAAUGGCAUUUUUAUGCUGGGGCUGCAGAGCAAUGAACCCAAAGGGGACUAAGGAGAGGGAAGUGGGAUUCUGAGUGCCCCAUUGGCGAGUGGUUAUCAUCACAUUCCCAAACACACAAACCCAGAAUAGCCUCCCUCCUAACGUGAGGCCUUCUAGGCUCGAAUAAAGGUAAUUUUAACCAUUCUG